AUGAUUGAUGAUUCACAAUAAAUUAUGAAGGAAAUGAUAUAAAGUAAUUCAAUCGAACAAUUAAUGGAAUUUAUGAGCAAAGUCAAACCAAACAUACUGAAUCUAGAUUGUGGCAAGAAAUAAACCAUUCUACAUAUUGCUGUGCAGAAAAAUGAUUAUCCAUUCCUGAGAUUUCUUGAACAAUAUUCCUAAGACAAUUAUAAAGAGAAUGAGAUUCGAAAAUUAGUUAAUACUUACAAUAUUGAAAUCUUCACAGCUCUUCAUAUUGCAUCCUACAAUGGAAAUGUGUAAGCUGUGAGGAUCUUAAUAAACAUGGGCGCAGAUAUUGCUCUUAAAAGCGGAUCUGGCUUAUUGCCUAUACAUGCAGCAGCUUAAGGAGAUUAACCAUAUAUGGUGAAGUGGUAUUGGAUAUAAUAAGGAAUCUCCAUUAAUGCUAAAGAUGAUGCAGGAAAUACUUGUUUGCAUUGGGCAGCAUAUUAAAAUUGUGAAUUAACUGUGAGUUAUUUGAUUUCAUUUGGUUGUAAUAUGGAUUAAAAGAAUAACGAAGAAUAAACUGCAUUACAUAUUGGGGCAUCUUAUGGACAAUCUAGAGUUGUUAAGAAAUUAUUAAUAAAGGGAGCGUAAAGAAAUAUAGAAACGGAUAGCUACCCAUUAAUUUGA